AUGGCGAAAAUCGCCAAAACACACGAAGGUAAGACUAUUUAUUUAGAAAAUGUUGUAAAUGGGUAUUAUAAUUUGAUUUUAUGUACGUCGGGUUCCUAAUAAAAAGAGGAUGAAGAUGCAUCCAUUGUUUAGAAGCUAGCUACAUGUUUUAGCUCUAUUGUCAUUCGUGACACCCUAAACGCAACGAGGACUGAUAGCUAAUGGCGCCCCCCUAAGUUAACUGCUAAGUUAGCUAGACAAUGCAGAAUUUCUACAACCAUGAUUGCCUUUAUCAGUAUGCGCUUCAAUUAUACUAAUUGUGUAGAUGUUGCUAUAAGAAACUUGCUAUGGUAUCGAUAUGGCUACAUUUAUUUAACAGCGUCAGUGUUGUUGUAAAAACUAAAAUGGCGUUGGAAGUAUGGCAUGUCGGACGUACACCGCACUGCUGCUAGUAUCGUAACAUUAUGCACGCUUCAUGUUUGACGUGUUUCAGAUUAAACAUAUCAUGAAUACAUUUUCUAGCUAAUUAGCUAUGAUAACUAACGUUAUUUGGAUGAUCUCAUCUUUGUCAAGCCAGCACUGUCUGAUUCCGCUCAAAUUGAAACUAAUUUAGCAGGCUCUAGUUCAGCGUUUCCCAAACUCGGUCCUGGGGAACCUAAGGGCUGCACGUUAAGGUUUUUGCCCUAACACUACACAGCUAAUUCACAUAAUCAACUGAUCAUCAAGCUUUGAUAAUGUGAAUCAACUGUGUAGUCCUAGGACAAAAACGUGCUCCCCUUGGGGUCCCCAGGACCGAGUUUGGGAAACGCUGCCCUAGUUACUUUGUCAACACAGCGAUCGAUUUGAGCACAGAUGAGAGCUAAUUCGUGCUUGACAAACAUAUUCAUUGAAUACAAUAGCAUAUUUUUUUUUAGCUAAUGUGUAGUUUAGCACUACUGCAGAUGCUAUUUAUGUUUAAUAUAAUAUAAUAAUAUGCUUCAUAUCUUUGGUUAUGCGUUUGUACAUAUUUCAACAUACCCUGAAAGUCACUGUUAUUCUUCCCCCCUGCCCCCCAGACAUUGAGGCCCAGAUCCUGGAGAUCCAGGGCAUGAAGGCUGCCCUGGUGGAGGAGGGAGCAGAUCAGGGUGUGGGCCUGGACUCAACUGGAUACUAUGACCAGGAGAUCUAUGGUGGCAGUGACAGCCGCUUCGCUGGAUAUGUCACCUCUAUCGCUGCCAAUGAACAGGAGGAUGUAAGUGUUGCAUGUUAAAUCAUGAGUUGUGAUGUAUGCAUGCUUGUUUUUCUUUUUAACUUUGAAAAUGGUCAAAUAAAAAAAGUGUUGCAUGUCGUCUGCAACACUGACAUUCUCAUUCUCUUCCUAGGGGUUAGGCGUCAGCUAUUCCAGUGUCAUAUUUUUAAUGGCGUUGGCUAUUCCAGUAUGUCUUGUUGUCUGCGAGCUGGGAGAGUCUGCCUUAAGUGGCUAGGCUUGACCAGACUCUUGUCUCUCUCUUAUUUUCAGGAUGACGAGGAGGACUCUUCAACAAGUCUACUUGGACAGAAGAAACCGGGGUAUCAUGCUCCGGUGGCUAUACUGAAUGCAAUACCACAGUCAGAUGAACAGGUUAGCCACAGUAACACUAUCUCCCUCCAGCUUUUGCAAUAAGUGUAGAAUUCUACUUUUGAGUUCAAACCUGACAGAGACCCUUUUACUGAACCUUAUUGCAAAAGUUUUGGAUUUGCUUAAUUAUCCUGCUCAUGUCUUGUCAUAGACAACAUGUUAUAAUGGCUAGUUCUCACAUUAAAUCUCUGUUUACCAUGAUGACAUGUAUUUUAACAUGCUGUGUUCUCUCUCCUCUCAGUACGACCCGUUUGCCGAGCACAGGCCCGCGAAGAUUGCAGAGCGUGAGGACGAGUACAAGGCCAGACGACGACAGAUGAUCAUCUCUCCGGAGCGACUAGACCCCUUUGCAGAUGGUAAAUUUCACCCCUCCGUCCUCCCUCCAUAGUGUCCUCCCCUGUUCAUGUUUUACCCUCUCUCCCUGAUCCCAUGGCUGCCUUUUAAGGGUUUGAACCCACCUCUUGUUGCUUAGCCCUUCGAGCACUGUGCAACGGCUUGCUCCCCAGACUAAGACCUUCCCGUGGUAAUCUUUCCUGGCCUGAGGGCGGUUGGUUCUCUUGUCACUGCGCCUUUUAUCAUUCAUAAUUUUCUCUCAAUAAAAUCUCUUUGCUUUUGAGGCAAACGGCCUGCGAGGCAGAUACACGUUUUUUUCUUUCUUGGAAAAUGACAAUAAUUGUAAACAUGAUUAAGUAGUAUAAAAUACAUGUCUGCCAGUGAGGGGUUCCAUUUUGUUUUAGGGAGAGGUGGUUUGCCGUUGUCUUGGUUAGACUUUCGUACCUAACACUACAUGGGUGGCAGGUAGGUUGUGUGUGUCUCGAAGGGUUAACAGACCCAUGUGGCUAUCUCAUGUACUGAUGGUGGAAAGAACUGUCUUACUCUUAAGAAAUGUAUUAAGUAAUGUGAGUAGCAAAGAAAAUAAAUAAAAAGGCAAAAUAAAAAUUGACUUCUAUAUGGGUUUGAUGGUCAACCUUGGGGUAAUUCACCUGCUCAUGCAAUAUGCUACACCCUGCUGUGCCCAGUAGGCGGGAACGCAAUGACCCCAAUCCCCCCCCCCCCUAGAUGGCAGACCACCUGGGUACAGAUCUGAGGCUUCCGAGUAUUUCUGUGUAGAACAAGAACACUCAUAAAAUUAGCAGUGCAAUCAGACCACCCCUUUACUUCCAAGUGGCCCUUCCUUCACUCCUACAGUAUCUUUGUGUAGGCUUAUGGUCAGUUACCACCACUGUUGGCUUGUCGGACUUCUAGGGGUUGGGGAAGUUCCAUUAGAAAAGAACAGGACAUCACAAAUUAUGACACUUACACACAUGAACUGUAGUGCCGUUGUGUCAUCAACAUUAGUGAGUUAUGGUCUCAGAUUUCAAAGCACAUUUAAAUGGCUUUUAGUCCAAGUCGGGUCAGGCAUCUUAACUUGGGCUCCAGGUGUGUGAAUAAUAGAGUGAAUUACAGUUGCGGUAUAAUCAUUGGCCAAAGGGCCAGUCUUGCCCCUUAACUCUCACAUGGGCAAGGAGCUGUCACCUAGCUAUAUUCACAUUCCUCAUAGCCUAAAUGAACUGAAUUGUCCAUCAGUUAAACAAGGAUGGCCUAUCUCUCAGAAUACGGCUUGACUAGCCAUUGAGCAUUUGAUUAACUAAACACAUACCUUCUAGAAUAGGUUUAAGGUAUUUAUCUAUGCAUUGCAACAAUUUCAUUUGCAAUGCAACAAUUUGCCUGUAGCGGAUGAAGCACACAUAUCUCUCUCUGAGAUGAAGUGGCCUCAGUGCCUCUAUGUAGUCUGGGUAGGGCUGUAUCAAGCCUGCAUGUAGACAGCUCUGUCAUAUACAAAGAUGUUGUGUAAAUAUAUUUCUAUUUUACAUCUUUGUAAAAUAGAAACAUAUCAAGAAAUCUGUGUGCCGCAAUUCCACAGGCCCAUACUAACUGUCCUUAAUUUCUUUCCUACAGCAGUACUGCUUUGCCAGUCCUGUACUGCACUCUCUUAAGGGUGCAGCAACUCAUCCUGUGUAGGUUAUGGUGAACACAGACAGAAGCGUGCGCUUAUCAGUUUUGUCAGGGUCCGCUGGUUUGUUGUCUGGGUGGGUGUGGGUGAGGGGGGAAAGCAGCUCUUCCUCAACAAACCUCUACCCUAAGAACCUUUUUAUUUUUUCUUCUACCAAACUUUAUUUUUAUAUACUUACAUUUAAACCGUAGCAAUUUUAUGUAGUCUUUUGCUUUAGAUUUAUUUUGUAAUUCAUAAUUAAUUUAAAAAAUAUAUCUAUUUAUUUAUAAAAAAGGAAGUCAAGAUCUACGUUUACGAAGUUGGAAUAGCAAUCGACGCUGAAGGCAAACUUCCAACUGCUCAGUAGCAGGCAGCCUGUUCCCACCUGAAACGAAGAUAUUGAUUGUAUGGCUCUAAUCGUAGCCUCCACUGGCCCUCAUGUAUACGUGUAACUACAUACAUAUGCUCUCCCUGCCAUGGGUUACAUAAAGUAGCUACAGAGUUAUCUCACAAGAAGAUUUGGUAACAAAUUGACUUCAUUUUGUUAAUCAAUAAUUCACAAUCUGGAGGAUAUUUUUUGUUCCAUUUAUUUGAGGUUUGAGCCCCAGGAGGAUUUUUCUUUUGAGUGACGUAAAAACAAAUCACAGGUGGUAUGCUUAUGUGUGUGAGUUCCAACCCUUUUCCAAAGUGUUACUAAUGGUAAAGAGACAUUUUCUAGGCUUCUUUUCUGCCGGUUGAAGUCUGACUGCAGAAGGACCCUUGGCACUGAAAGUGUACGUAUUCUGGAGAGCACAGCCCAGGACUCCUGCAUCAGUGAUGGCUUUAUCCUCGCCUGUUAUCUCCUUAAAUGAAAGAAAAAAAACACCUCAGCUCUUUCUCAAUGUAUCUGCCUGUUGUUUUUUUUAUUCAGCUAUGUUUGUUUGUAUGUAAGGCAAGCAAGAGAGGACUGCCUGUAUGUUGUGUAUCUAGGGUUGUCUUGUUGUGAUUCAGCUUAAGGAACUAAAACAGUAUAAGUUUCUAAAGAAGAAGUGAGGGCCUAGCUGAACUGGCUGUGUUAUACUUGCUGUGUGUGUUAUGAAGCCGGGUCCUGGGGCAUGUUCUAAUCGGCUGCCCUGUGUCUUGUUGGUGCUCUUUCGCGCAGGGGGCAAAACGCCGGACCCAAAGCUGCAGUCCAGGUCGUACAUGGACGUCAUGAAGGAGCAGCACCUGACCAAAGAGGAGGUAAGACAGACCGGAUAUAUCCCCUUUGUGGUUUAGCUCAAGGGCAUAACUUUGUCUUCGGGUAAUGUUUCGAUUAGUGGUGUCUCCAUAGAGGAUUAUAAUAUAAGAAUAUUGAAUUAUGUGGGUGUGUUGUUCAAUGUGGUGUAUUGUUGCCUUCAAUAGACUGCCGUCCUACAAAGCUCAAGGGAAACUUUCCCCUGUUGUGGUGAGGUUAGUCUCUGGUUCAUGUUCUUACUCUCCCUACGUGCAGAAAGAGAUCCGUCAGCAGAUGGCAGAGAAGGCCAAGACGGGAGACCUGAAGGCUGUCAACGGCUCUGCUGCCUCCCAGGCUGCUGCUGCCGCUGCUGCUGCCAAGCGUAAACGCCGCUGGGACCAGACGGCCGAGAAACAGGACCAAUCAGGAACCCCCAGCAAUGCCGGCACACCCAAGAAGAUGUCCAGCUGGGACCAGGCUGACCAGGCUGCUGAGGUAAAACGUAUUAUCUUAGCUGAUCAGAUCAGUCAAGUUUGUAUCCUUACUAUGACUUGGUGUGGGCUGGUGUUUGAUCAGCAAAUUAUAUACAGUGGGGGAAAAAGUAUUUAGUCAGCCACCAAUUGUGCAAGUUCUCCCACUUAAAAAGAUGAGAGGCGUGUAAUUUUCAUCAUAGGUACACGUCAACUAUGACAGACAAAAUGAGAAAAAAAAAUCCAGAAAAUCACAUUGUAGGAUUUUUUAUGAAUUUAUUUGCAAAUUAUGGUGGAAAAUAAGUAUUUGGUCAAUAACAAAAGUUUCUCAAUACUUUGUUAUAUACCCUUUGUUGGCAAUGACACAGGUCAAACGUUUUCUGUAAGUCUUCACAAGGUUUUCACACACUGUUGCUGGUAUUUUGGCCCAUUCCUCCAUGCAGAUCUCCUCUAGAGCAGUGAUGUUUUGGGGCUGUCGCUGGGCAACACAGACUUUCAACUCCCUCCAAAGAUUUUCUAUGGGGUUGAGAUCUGGAGACUGGCUAGGCCACUCCAGGACCUUGAAAUGCUUCUUACGAAGCCACUCCUUCGUUGCUCGGGCGGUGUGUUUGGGAUCAUUGUCAUGCUGAAAGACCCAGCCACGUUUCAUCUUCAAUGCCCUUGCUGAUGGAAGGAGGUUUUCACUCAAAAUCUCACGAUACAUGGCCCCAUUCAUUCUUUCCUUUACACGGAUCAGUCGUCCUGGUCCCUUUGCAGAAAAACAGCCCCAAAGCAUGUUUCCACCCCCAUGCUUCACAGUAGGUAUGGUGUUCUUUGGAUGCAACUCAGUAUUCUUUGUCCUCCAAACACGACGAGUUGAAUUUUUACCAAAAAGUUAUAUUUUGGUUUCAUCUGACCAUAUGACAUUCUCCCAAUCCUCUUCUGGAUCAUCCAAAUGCACUCUAGCAAACUUCAGACGGGCCUGGACACAUUGCUUAAGCAGGGGGACACGUCUGGCACUGCAGGAUUUGAGUCCCUGGCGGCGUAGUGUGUUACUGAUGGUAGGCUUUGUUACUUUUGUCCCAGCUCUCUGCAGGUCAUUCACUAGGUCCCCCCGUGUGGUUCUGGGAUUUUUGCUCACCGUUCUUGUGAUCAUUUUGACCCCACGGGGUGAGAUCUUGCCUGGAGCCCCAGAUCGAGGGAGAUUAUCAGUGGUCUUGUAUGUCUUCCAUUUCCUAAUAAUUGCUCCCACAGUUGAUUUCUUCAAACCAAGCUGCUUACCUAUUGCAGAUUCAGUCUUCCCAGCCUGGUGCAGGUCUACAAUUUUGUUUCUGGUGUCCUUUGACAGCUCUUUGGUCUUGGCCAUAGUGGAGUGUGACUGUUUGAGGUUGUGGACAGGUGUCUUUUAUACUGAUAACAAGUUCAAACAGGUGCCAUUAAUACAGGUAACGAGUGGAGGACAGAGGAGCCUCUUAAAGAAGAAGUUACAGGUCUGUGAGAGCCAGAAAUCUUGCUUGUUUGUAGGUGACCAAAUACUUAUUUUCCACCAUAAUUUGCAAAUAAAUUCAUUAAAAAUCCUACAAUGUGAUUUUCUGGAGAAAAAAAUUCUCAAUUUGUCUGUCAUAGUUGACGCGUACCUAUGAUGAAAAUUACAGGCCUCUCAUCUUUUUAAGUGGGAGAACUUGCACAAUGGGUGGCUGACUAAAUACUUUUUUCCCCCACUGUAGGACCAAGUGUUUUUGGGGCAGUUUAUUUAUGUCUUGCCUUGACUUAAAUAUUAUUUUUAAGCUCCUAGUAGAACAAAGUACCUCAACCAUGCUUCAUUUCUGUGCUGUAAGAACUCAUUGAUCCCUUUAUCCCCUGACUCUCUCUCUUUCGAUUUCUCCACAGCAGACCCCAGGACACACCCCUGGCCACACCCCCUCCAACAGCCGCUGGGACGAGACCCCUGGCAGGAACAAGGGCAGUGAGACCCCAGGGGCCACUCCCAGCACCCGGAUGUGGGACCCCACCCCCAGCCACACCCCGGCCGGAGCAGCCACCCCAGGCAGAGGGGACACACCGGGACACACCACCCCCGGACAUGGGGGGGCCACAGGCAGCGUGCGCAAAAACCGCUGGGACGAGACCCCCAAGACUGAAAGGGAGACCCCUGGUCAUGGUAGUGGUUGGGCCGAGACCCCCCGAACAGACAGAGGAGACGAGUCGGUAGGAGAGACCCCCACCCCCGGGGCCAGUAAGAGGAAGUCCCGUUGGGACGAGACCCCUGCCAGCCAGAUGGGCUCUUCCACUCCACUGAUGACCCCUGGGAAGACUCCCAUCGGAACCCCUGCCAUGAAUAUGGCCACUCCAUCUCCAGGUAGUGUCAAUCACCUAACCUACAUCUCAGGCCUUUGAAUCCCAUCUUCAAUUCCUUAGAGGUAGAAUAUAAUUUAAAACUGAUAAUUCUGUUUGGUAUUAUGUACUUGUUGUUCAUUUACUAGUAGUAUAAUGUCCCACUAAGUCGUGAUACUAGGUUGAGGCAUGUUUUACAUUAUGUAUCUGUUUCCUAUCCUGUCAGGUCACCUGAUGAGCAUGACCCCAGAGCAGCUGCAGGCGUGGCGUUGGGAGAGGGAGAUCGACGAGAGAAACCGACCACUCACAGAUGAUGAGCUGGAUGCCAUGUUCCCAGAGGGAUACAAGGUCAAGUAGACUCUUUCACACACCAGUACGAUGGAGAAAUAGAGCUCAACAGUCAUUUGUCACAUCAAAUACCUAUAUUAAGUGAGUGAAUAGUCUUCGGUGAUACGGUAACAAGUUGGAACAGGACAGUCUGUCUCUGGUCAGUGUCACGUUCUGUCUCUCUGGGUUCGGUUCCCCACACCGGCAUGUCUCUUCAGUUGAAGACAUCAGGGAAUUUGUCUGAGAAGACCUCAAUCCAGUACACAAAAAAUAGUAAACUGUUCUGUAAAAUGAGUUAAAGGUAUAGGAAGUGAACAGUACUAACGUUUCAUCUUGCAACUCCUCCACAGGUCCUUCCCCCACCAGCAGGCUACGUGCCCAUCCGUACCCCAGCCCGUAAGCUGUCUGCCACCCCAACCCCCAUGGGGGGCAUGACGGGCUUCCACAUGCAGCAGGAGGACCGCUCCAUGAAGCAGGUCAACGACCAGCCCAGUGGAAACCUGCCCUUCCUCAAACCAGACGACAUCCAGUACUUUGAUAAACUGCUGGUUGAGGUGGAUGAGUCCACUCUGAGCCCAGAGGAACAGAAGGAGCGUAAGAUCAUGAAACUGCUGCUGAAGAUCAAGAAUGGAACACCUCCCAUGAGAAAGGUGAGACCAGCUGCUAACUGUCCUCAUCAUCUUGACCACAGAAUUAAAAAUUGAACUUUCCCUGACCAAGAUGGCUGCCAUUAUCCACACAUUCUAUGAGCUAUGAAGGUUUGACAUAGGCCACUCUAGUGUUGUAUCUCUGGUCUUUACUCCAUCUUCCUUUUGGUGUGUAACUCUCACCACUGAAAUGUCAACCACCCAGUCUAACCCCCUUGCGUCUCUUCUCAGGCUGCCCUGCGUCAGAUCACAGACAAGGCGAGGGAGUUUGGCGCAGGGCCCCUGUUCAACCAGAUCCUACCCCUGCUCAUGUCUCCUACUCUGGAGGACCAGGAGCGCCACCUACUGGUCAAGGUCAUCGACCGCAUCCUCUACAAGCUGGACGACCUGGUCCGCCCAUAUGUACACAAGGUGGGUCAUUGUGUGUGUGAAAGAGAGGCAGUACUCACUCACUGACUCCGUUACUGUAUGUCUCCUGUGCUGAGAUUGGCACUGUGUAUGUGGUUCACUAACUGACUGUCUGUUCCUCAGAUCCUGGUGGUGAUUGAGCCCCUGCUGAUUGAUGAAGAUUACUACGCCAGAGUGGAGGGCAGAGAGAUCAUCUCUAACUUGGCCAAGGUGAGCCCCACUCCCAGCCCUAUAAUGUAAUCACACACCCACCACAGUUGGGUAAUAUGCCUGCGAAUCAUUCUCGCCUGUUCGACCUAUCCGUGGUCAGAUCAGGGCUAGUACUUCGCUAGAUUAAAUACCAGCACGAGAACUAGCCGAUCUGACAUCCAUUUCAUUUCUGUUCUCACCCUGCACCCGUUGGUUACAUUCCUACAGCACGUAGCGAAUAUUUGUAUCUCCUGAAAUCACAUUAGAAAAUGCCACUUAUGCUGUCUAUGCAAGGAGUAUCACGAACACCAAUUAAUCUGUCCAUCUCUUUCCCGGUCUUUCCCUUCCUCUCUAGGCUGCCGGCCUGGCAACUAUGAUCUCGACCAUGAGGCCUGAUAUUGACAACAUGGAUGAGUACGUCAGAAAUACAACGGCCAGAGCUUUCGCUGUCGUAGCGUCCGCUCUGGGUAUCCCCUCCCUGCUGCCCUUCCUCAAGGCUGUGUGUAAGAGCAAGAAGUCAUGGCAGGCCCGCCACACGGGUAUCAAGAUUGUCCAGCAGAUUGCCAUCCUCAUGGGCUGUGCAAUCCUACCCCAUCUGAGGAGUCUGGUGGAGAUCAUCGAGCAUGGUGAGCCGAGGGCGACCCUGAGAUAGUAUGUGACCUGAGGGGGUAGUUUAGUUUUCUACUAGCUAGUAAUAGUACGUUUUUAUAUUUGGGAGUGACUAUCUAGUAAAUGUGACUCAGGUGUAGUUUAGCUUUUUAUUAAUUUUUUGAGUGCAUGGGUUGACGCUUCAAGUUCAUUCGCUUUUUAAGUGCAUUUCACACAUGGUCACUAUACACUUUACCAGGAAGGAUAAAACAUGAUCUCUUACUGGCCUCUAUUGUCUGCCCCCCUCAGGUCUGGUAGAUGAGCAGCAGAAGGUGCGGACCAUCAGUGCCUUGGCCAUCGCUGCCCUGGCUGAGGCUGCCACGCCCUACGGUAUCGAGUCCUUUGACUCCGUACUCAAACCCCUGUGGAAGGGUAUCAGACAGCACAGAGGAAAGGUGAGGACAAAACUAUUGAGGACCUAUGGCCUUCGGUUACGUGUCUGCGAAUCAUUCUCGCCUGUACGACCUAUCAGUGGUCAGAUCAGGGCUAGUACUUCGCUAGAUGGACACCAACACGAGAACUGGCAGAUCUGACAUCCAUUUCACUUCUGUUCUCACCCUGCACCCGUUGGUUACAUUCUUAAAACAAGUAGUUAAUGCAAGUUGACCUGAAAUCACAUUCAACUUUAUCGGAGUAUCUUGGCUGUGUAGACCUAGUAACUGAUUUAAACCUCCCUCUCUUUCCCCUCUCGUGUCCAGGGUCUGGCUGCGUUCCUGAAGGCCAUUGGCUACCUGAUCCCUCUGAUGGAUGCUGAGUAUGCUAACUACUACACCAGAGAGGUCAUGUUGAUCCUCAUCAGAGAGUUCCAGUCCCCUGACGAGGAGAUGAAGAAGAUCGUGCUCAAGGUGAGGGAGCCUAACCGUGUGUGCGAAUCGUUCUCGCCUGUUCAACCUAUCAGGGGUCAGAUCAGGGCUAGUACUUCGCUAGAUGAACACCAACAUGAGAACUGGCAGAUCUGACAUCCAUUUCACUUCUGUUCUCACUCUGCACCCGUUGGUUACAUUUCCAAAAUGGAAAGGAGUUGCAGAUGCUAGCUAGUACACUUAAAACAGAAUUGGUGUUUGUGUGCCCUGUUUCUAACCCCCAUUGUUCCCUCUCUCUGCCAGGUGGUGAAACAGUGCUGUGGUACUGACGGUGUGGAGGCCAACUACAUCAAGACAGAGAUCCUGCCCCCCUUCUUCAAGCACUUCUGGCAGCACAGGAUGGCCCUGGACAGACGCAACUACAGACAGGUAGGUACACAACACUCACACACCAAUGACUCAAUACACUUAUGACAUGUUGAAUUGGUUUGGUCAAGUAGGCAGUUGUGUUCCAAGUAUAAAUAGAAAAGCAGAAAUGAAGGUCUGCGCCAAGGCUUGUAGCAGAAGAUGGCUGGUGAUUUAAGAGUUAGAUUUACAUUUUUACAUUUAACAUUUUAGUCAUUUAGCAGACGCUCUUAUCCAGAGCGACUUACAGUUAGUGAGUUGAACUAUACCAAGCAACGAAAAGCAGAAGUCGAUUUUAUGACUGGAUUUCAAUGUUUAGUUCAGCGUUAGUUAUUUUAUCACUGCCAUGUUUUGGGAUGUGUGAACUAACGCCAUCCCUCCCCCACACCUCUAGCUGGUGGACACCACAGUAGAGCUGGCCAACAAGGUGGGAGCGGCAGAGAUCAUCUCUCGUAUAGUAGAUGACCUGAAGGAUGAGGCAGAGCAGUACAGGAAGAUGGUGAUGGAGACCAUAGAGAAGAUCAUGGGGAACCUGGGAGCUGCUGACAUCGACCACAAGCUGGAGGAGCAGCUGAUUGACGGCAUACUGUACGCCUUCCAGGAACAAACCACUGAGGUGAGACACGGGGGGGAGACCAGGGGCAAGUUCAGCAAGGAACAGUGUUGUGGAACGUUCAGAUAGAAAUGGGUUAUGUAGAAGAAAUAUGCCUUUAUGACCUGUAGAAUAAGGAAUCAUAUCAGCUCUAUUCAUGACAUUUCUAUCUGCAACGUUCCAGGAUGUUUACCUACUGAACCUGGCUCAGGGUAUAACGUUGGGGAAUGUUGAGAUAUACAUUUUGUAAAGCCUGUGAUGAAACAAGUUAUCCCUGUCUGAACAGCAGUGUGGACCUACGGUAGUCUGAGGUUUGAUGGGAGCUUCAUAUUGAUUGGAAUGGGUAACUGUCUGCGUCCGAAAUGGCAUACUGUUCUAUUUAAACCAGAGCCCUUUGGACAAAGGUAGUGCACUAUAUAGGGAAUAGGAUGCCAUUUUGAACGCAGACACUCAGUCCAUUAGCCUACCUGUGUAGACUAUGACUAACUCUAGUUGACCUCUGACCCUGUGUAGGACUCUGUGAUGCUGAAUGGGUUUGGCACGGUGGUCAAUGCCCUGGGGAAGAGGGUAAAGCCCUACCUGCCUCAGAUCUGUGGUACGGUGCUGUGGCGUCUCAACAACAAGUCUGCCAAGGUCCGCCAGCAGGCUGCUGAUCUCAUCUCUCGCACUGCCGUGGUCAUGAAGACCUGCCAGGAGGUUAGACUGGGUGUUGUUAUACAUGCGCACACACACUCUCACUCAAACAGACACACUUGUACUCUCACACACACACACAAACUUUGCUAUGAACUUCACUAAAGAUGUACAGGGUUUCUCUUCCUUUCUAAACCUCUCGUUCUCUCCCCUCAACAGGAGAAGCUGAUGGGUCACCUGGGAGUUGUGUUAUACGAGUACCUAGGAGAGGAGUAUCCUGAAGUACUGGGAAGUAUCCUCGGUGCUCUCAAGGCCAUCGUCAACGUCAUCGGUACGAAAACAUCACCCUCACUACUACACCUGUCUUCUCUCUGCGAAUCAUUCUCGCCUGUUCGACCUAUCAGUGGUCAGAUCAGGGCUAGUACUUCGCUAGAUGGACACCAACAUGAGAACUGGCAGAUCUGACAUCCAUUUCACUUCUGUUCUCACCCUGCACCCGUUGGUUACAAAUGAAAAGUCUAUUGGCUUUUAGUUUACAUUUUACAUUUUAGUCAUUUAGCAGAUGCUCUUAUCCAGAGCGACUUACAGUUAGUGAGUGCAUACAUUUUUCAUACUGGCCCCCCGUGGGAAUCGAACCCACAACCCUGGCGUUGCAAGCGCCAUGCUCUACCAACUGAGCUUCACAGUGCAAUUAUAAGAGGGGUUAUGGUAGUAGUGGUGGUAAGAGUAAGACUGGUUGAUAUGCAUUUUUAUUUUUUUAUUUCACCUUUAUUUAACCAGGUAAGCCAGUUGAGAACAGGUUCUCAUUUACAACUGCGACCUGGCCAAGAUAAAGCAAAGCAGUGCAAUAAAAACAACACAGAGUUACAUAUGGGGUAAAAAACAUAAAGUCAAAAAUACAACAGAAAAUAUAUAUACAGUGUGUGCAAAUGUAGCAAGUUAUGGAGGUAAGGCAAUAAAUAGGCUAUAGUGCAGAAUAAUUACAAUAGUAUUAACACUGGAAUGAUAGAUGUGCAAGAGAUUAUGUGCAAAUAGAGAUACUGGGGUGCAAAAGAGCAAAAUAAAUAACAAUAUGGGGAUGAGGUAGUUGGGUGGGCUAAUUUCAGAUGGGCUGUGUACAGGUGCAGUGAUCGGUAAGGUGCUCUGACAACUGAUGCUUAAAGUUAUUGAGGGAGAUAAGAGUCUCCAGCUUCAGAGAUUUUUGCAAUCCAGACAUCUGAUUGGUUGUCUGUCCUGUCACUCAUAGGCAUGCAUAAAAUGACUCCACCAAUCAAAGACCUGCUGCCGCGCCUGACGCCAAUCUUAAAGAACAGACAUGAGAAGGUGCAGGAGAACUGUAUUGACCUGGUUGGCAGGAUUGCUGACAGGUAUGUGUGUGAAAUGAUUGCCUUGUAUAUUUCAAUCUUUGAAUCUCAAUUUGUCUUUUGUCGACAUCCUGUCUCUUCCUUCUCAACCGUAUUGGAAAAGGUCAGAGUUCCCUCCCUUCUGGGAGAGGAGGCAAGCAAUCGAGGAAAGAUUGAGAAAGAGCCUCUGACUCCUACUCAUAUGUGCAGAAAUGUAUAAACUAGUAGAUGUUUCAUCAACCGUGUUAUAACUCCUACCAUGGUGUGUGAAUAGGGGUGCUGAGUACGUGUCGGCCAGGGAAUGGAUGCGUAUCUGCUUUGAGCUGCUGGAGCUCCUCAAGGCCCACAAGAAGGCCAUCCGCAGAGCCACCGUCAACACCUUCGGAUACAUCGCCAAGGCUAUCGGGUGAGUCCUGUCUCUGGCUACUGCAUGCUCGUACCAUCCUCACAGUUUGUCAUCUCAGUUGGUCAUUUAUUAGGGAUUCUGUUUGGAAAUUAAAUGUCUGCUCAAGGAUGUUGUGUUAAAUUGAAUGUUUGCCCCUCCCAAAUGUGAGCGUUUUCAAUUGUGCUUGGUCAUAUUCCUUUUGCUGUUGUGGUUAUUAAUGUGCACUGAUUUAGCAUGUGGGUGUCCUCCUGACCUCUCCUCCUCCAGACCCCAUGACGUGCUGGCCACACUACUCAACAACCUGAAGGUUCAGGAGCGGCAGAACAGAGUGUGUACCACCGUAGCCAUCGCCAUCGUGGCUGAGACCUGUUCUCCCUUCACCGUGCUCCCCGCCCUCAUGAACGAGUACCGCGUGCCAGAGCUCAACGUGCAAAAUGGGGUGCUCAAGUCCCUGUCCUUCCUGUUUGAGUACAUUGGGGAGAUGGGCAAGGACUACAUUUACGCUGUCACGCCACUGCUGGAGGACGCACUUAUGGACAGGUGAAAGGAGUAUGCAUUGUGAUGAGCAAGCAGUCUGGUGUUUUGGCUAAUGUUCUAGUAACUCAAUGAACUCCUUCACUACCCAGAUAAACAUUUCCCUUGUAAUAAGUAUUCAUCAUAUCUACAAACAUUACAUUUAUUAACUAGCCAUGGUGAGCUUCAUCCCUGUAUGUCAACAGUGUUGGCAAGCAGUUGACUCAGUUAAAUGGGUGGUAGUAUGCCUGCGAAUCAUUCUCGCCUGUACGACCUAUCAGUGGUCAGAUCAGGGCUAGUACUUCGCUAGAUGAACACCAACAUGAGAACUGGCAGAUCUGACAUCCAUUACACUUCUGUUCUCACCCUGCACCCGUUGGUAACAAAGGAAAAGUCAAGUGUUAUUCAUUGUCAAUGAGGAUUUCACCCUCAGAAUUAGAAUAUAUAGUAGACCCCAACUGCUUCUUUCCACCUUUUGACUGGACCCACUUCCUCUCCUCCUUACAGAGACUUGGUCCACAGACAGACAGCCAGUGCCGUGGUGCAGCACAUGUCCCUGGGCGUCUACGGCUUUGGCUGUGAAGACUCUCUCAACCACCUGCUCAACUAUGUGUGGCCCAACGUGUUUGAGACGUCGCCCCACGUUAUCCAGGCUGUGAUGGGGGCCCUGGAAGGCCUCCGGGUGGCCAUCGGCCCCUGCCGCAUGCUGCAGUAUUGCCUACAGGUAACUACUACCACUACUACCUACAUCAAUGGUGGGCAAACUACGGCCCGUGGGCCGCAUCCGGCCUGCCAGAUUUAAAAUGGCCGGUCCCCAAAAAAUCUGUGGCCCUCUGUCGAAUUUCGAAAUCCCGACGUGGCCUGCAAGCCAAAACGUUUGCCCACCCCUGACCUACAUCAAUGUUCUUGUUUUGAAUAGCGCAGUGUUGAGAAUCAACAUCAAAUGUCCAGAAAGGGAUGUAAAUGUGUUAACUUAUAUAACUAUCAACAGCAACCUACCCUUUAUGAUGUCCAUGAAAGAACUGCUGUGGAUAUUUAGUAAAAAUAACAUACCAUAAUGAAAAUGUAGUAGCACUGUAAGUACAGCCAUUGAGUUGAUAAUGCUCUCUAACCCUGUCUCUCCUCUCUCCAGGGUCUGUUCCACCCAGCCAGGAAGGUGCGAGACGUCUACUGGAAGAUCUACAACUCUAUCUACAUCGGCUCCCAGGAUGCUCUGAUUGCUCACUACCCACACGUCUACAAUGACGAGAAGAACCCUUACCUCCGCUAUGAGCUGGAGUACUUCCUGUGAUACUGAUCUGCUCUCUCUUCCCCCCCUCUCUCUGUUUACUCUCUCUCUCUCUGCCGAUCUCUCUCCCCUUCCCUCUUUUUCACCGCUCUCUUCUCCUCUUCCUCUAUCUCUCUGUUCACUCUUUGUC